AUGAAUGGAAAAGAGGAGCCUCAAGCUACUACCGCUACUCAUAGUGAGGCUAGGACGGUCGAUGAGAGUUAUGCGGACGUCACCUUGCGUAUUAUCGAGGACCAUGGCCAUGAGUUUGGGCCGUUGACACCCGCGGGGGAGUCAAAGAUCAGAUGGAAAUUGUAUUUUCAUAUUAUGAUUCUGGUGUCUGUUAUAAACAUUACCUUGUUUAUUGAUAAAUCGACACUGGGGUAUACUGCUAUCCUGGGCCUGUUCGAGGAGACGGGCAUUUCCAAGUCUCAGUAUAACACGCUGAACAGUCUUUUCUACGUGGGCUAUCUUGUUGGUCAAUGGCCCGGCAACUAUCUGAUGCAGCGACUCCCCCUGGGCAAGUUCGUCGCAGGCACGAUCUUCCUCUGGGGCGCAAUCAUCUUCCUGCACUGCGUUGCCAUCAGAUACGGCGGACUAAUCGUCCUGCGACUUGUGCUCGGCGCAACCGAGUCCGUGGUAGUCCCAGCCCUCGAAAUCACAAUCGGCAUGUUCUUCAACCGCCACGAACAAUCCUUCCUGCAGCCCAUUCUCUGGAUCACCUGUGUCGGAGCUCCCAUCCCAGCAGGAUUCAUCGCCUACGGCCUCCUCCACAGCAACAGCAACAUCCUCCCUUGGAAACUAUUCAUGAUCGUCAUCGGCGGCUUCACAGUCCUCCUAUCCGUCUGGGUCUGGUUCCGCUACCCUAACAACCCAGCCGACGCACGCUUCCUCACCCUCGAAGAGAAAGUCCACGUCAUCCGUCGCGUCCACGAAUCCAGCCAAAGCUCCAUCCAACAGAAACAGUUCAAACGGUCCCAGUUUCUCGAAACACUACGCGACCCCGUCUCGUGGCUAUUCGCCCUGCAGGCAUUCACGCUCAUGUACUGCAACAAUCUCAACUACGGCCAGCAGAACCUCCUCACGACCUCUCUCGGUGUAUCCACGCUAGGAUCUACCCUCGUUGCCGCUGCGGGCGGUGGCUUCGGCGUGGCUCUCUGUAUAGUCGCUACACUGGGUUUGAAGUGGUGGCCCAAGUACCUCGCUCUGCAUAGCAUGGUCUGGUGUGCUCUCGCAUUCGCGGGUGGUGUGGGUAUGGUGACGAUUGCGUGGGAGCAGAAACUCGCCCUGCUAGCGUGUAUUCUGCUGGCGCAGAACACGUACAGUAUCACUUAUAUCAUUGCGCUGGGAUGGGCCACCUCCUCUGCGGCUGGGUAUACGAAGAAAAUCACGCGGAACGGCAUGUUUAUGAUUGGGUACUCGGUUGGGAACCUCGUGUCGCCGCAGAUAUGGGUUCCUAGUGCUGCUCCGCGGUAUUAUGGGGCUUGGGUUUCGAUGAUUGUGGUUAGUUGGGUGGGAACACCGGCUAUACUCUGGGUUGUGCACGUCAUUCUGGUGAGGAGGAAUAGGCAACGAAGGGCUUGGAUUGCGGAGCUUGAAGAUGACGAACGUGGGGGAUGUGUUGAGGCUGUGGAUGAGUCUGGGGUUGUGGUGAGGAGGAAGGUUGAUCUGGCCAUGCUUGAUCUGACGGACAUGGAGAAUAAACUAUUUCUGUAUCCCAUUUAG